ACGUGGUGGCCAAAGCGUCGCCUCCGGUUUCGUCAUGUCCGGGUAACAGCGAGCCAACGGCCCGAGCCGAGGUCGUGCCAUUAGGCUGAGUCGGUCCGCUGGACGGGGGCGUGUGCUGGAAUGAGAGCCAGGUGUGUGUCUGCCUGCAUGGGAAAGACGCCUACAAGUUCUGGCCGCUGUUCCUCACGUUUGUUGAGCGAACAUCGAAGGAUUCCUUGAAUUGUAUUCGGGGCGCCCGUGCGGCCGAUGCAUUGCACAAGGGCUUUUCCUCUGACAAACCCUCCCAUGAUGCCCGUCGACAUGGCGAUGAGAAUCUGCCUGGCUAGCUCCCCGCCGCUGUGCUCCUUUCUUGGUAACUACGACAACUGCCGCCUGGCAAACACACUUUACCCGCGAUGCCAGGAUCUGCGGCCCUGUCUGGCCCCCGGGCAUGCCGACGGUAACCAUGGUUACGAGGUCUCCGGACCGCCCGUGGCCAUCAGCGGCGGGAGGUUGGCGUCCAGCAGGGCCGCACCCCCCAGGAAGAAGCAGGUGGUGUUUGCGGACGCUCACGGCCUGGCCCUCGCUGACAUCAUCUUCUACAAGGAGGAAGACCCCCUGGCCGAGCUGCAGUUCCACCUCUCGGACAUAGAGGGAGCCCUGGCCAGACUGAGGCAAGAAGAAAACACAGGUUCGGACAUCUUGGACUCAAGUGGUCUUGUGCUGGACUUCACUCCACCCUUUGAAGACUACCUGGACCUCCGCCAGCGCCUCAAAGCCCAGCAGGUCUCCCUGGAGAACUGUUCCGUCCAAGACGGCUCUCUCUCCGGUACCAUCAAGGUCCAAAACGUCAGCUUUGAGAAGUCCGUGUCAGUCCGGAUCACCUUUGACUCGUGGAUCUCCUUCCGUGACGUUCCCUGUCCGUACCUGAACAACGUGUACAGUUGUCCCGACACCGACACUUUCUCCUUCGACAUCUCGCUGCCGGAGGCGUCCUCCAAACGGGUCGAGUUCUGCAUCUGUUACACGGCUCAGGACGAGGUCUUCUGGGACAAUAACCACGGCAGCAACUACGGCCUGGUCCCGUCCGAGCCGGAGCCGAACCCUAGCCCCAAGACCGGAGGGCUGGAGGAGGUGUUGGAGAAGCUGGAAGGAGGGAGGUACGCAGAGUGUGACCAGUUCGGAAGCCCCCGGACGUCGACCGGGGUCUUCCCAGGGUGGCAGAGCUGGGGCCGCAUAGAGAACAGCGCCCCCUACUGGUGACCGCAGAACCCCCUUCAGCGCGCCCUGGACCUCGUAGAGGUCCCACAGGCUUUGAUGAAGAACUUUACGUUACUGUUACCUAUUGCAUCACAGCAAUCAAGACUAACAUGAGUAGAUUUAGGUUUCACCUGCACAUGAGUCACAGAAAUGAAAACGGGAAUCGGCUGCAGGGAAUGAUAAGCCCUCCUGAAUGCACAUUAUUUCUAGUUCUAACUACUGACCUUCUGCACCUUACUUUGUAUUGCUAACUCCUGACCCUCGGCCCCUUGCAUCUAAUGCCCAGCGAUAUGCACAGUUUCACCCGCAAGUAUUCCUCAAGCUCUCUGCGAAGAUCAAUGCCUUGAUAUUCAAAAUAUAUUCCAAAGUAUUCUAAAGGACGAUUGGGUUUAGACGAUACAAUGUCUUGCGGAAGUUUGACCAAGCGCUGGUUUUACUGAACAGGAUGUGUUCCGAACUGUUAAGAUGCCAUUCGUCAAACCUGACGAUGUGAGUGCCUUUACAUAUGCUGUAAUCUAUAAGCCCAAAUCCAAAAUUAGUGCCUUACCCUCCAUCAAGAUGUGCAGAAAUGUACACACCAGCCCAGGCCCGAAGAAAGUCGGGCCGGAAAAUGUUGAUUCAUGUGGUACAUGAUCAACAUUAUUCAAAGACGAAAUGUGACAUUAUCCUUUAAUCCUUUGCACUUUAUUCUAACCAUGCCAUAGUUUCCGCUGAGUGGGACUCUGAACUUGAACAUAUAGGCUACAGCAUGCUAGUGGUGAUCAUUACCUAGAACAUGCUAGAUUUAGUUGUACCCUAGAAAGAACAUGUUAGUAGUGAUUGUAGCCUCGAAAAUGUUGUUUGUAGCCUUCAGUAUGCUGUUAUCAUAGCCUAGAACAAGUUAGUGGUGGUUGUAGCCUAGAAAAUGAUAGUGGUGAAUGUAGUCUUCAAUGUAUUAGUGAUUGUUGAAGCCUAAAGCAUGGGGAUCGUAGCCAGGGCUAUGUUAAUCUUAAUGUCAUCGGCUUCCAUUUAGCGGCUAGUGGAAUAGGAUACCUGUUUGUAUUUAAUUUGCAUAGAGGAGCAUAGUCUCAACGGCAGUUAGCUGGGCUUUUGGCUAGUAGGCUAGUCUGUAAGCUAGUUAGCUAGACUGAAAGCCAGUUGGCUAGCCUGUAACGGUCAGCUAGCCUGCUGUAAGCUCCACAUUUAGUCAGUUUGCUAGCCGGGAAGCCAAUGGGUGAAUUCUGUACCGCCGUUAGCUAGCCUGUAGUCCGUUAUGUCCACUGUUAGCCAGUCGCUUGGAGUGAUUUAAUAUCCUUUUUUGAUUUGCUAAAUAUUAAGGUAUCAUCCGUUUAAAUAAGUAUUAUUUUAAGCUUGAGAAGCACCGAGAAUGAAUCAAGGCUUUGCUCCACAUUAAUGAGGAUAUGUGGAGUUUGGAUGCUGUUUUAAGGUUCAAUAUCCCUGAAGCUGAAUAUUUCGGUUCUGCAUGUUUCUCAAAAGUAUGUAGAAUCUGUUGACACUUUUGCUGAAUAUGUAUACAUUUUUAAGGUUUUACCUUCAUUGCACUUAAUGUCAUACAUUUUUUAUUUUAAUGCUAAAAUAGGAAAGAUAAAUGUUGCCAGUUAAGGGGAGAGAUUGAGUUGAGUGAAAACUCGGCUGUACAGUUCAACAGAUUCUUAUAGAUGUUUCCUCAAUACAGGAGACAGAGAUUGAAAGGGAGGGAUAUGAAAGAGAGAUGGAUUGAAAGAGACGUGGAUUGAAAUGGAUGAAGCGAGGUUGUUUGUAGAAGUACUUUCCUUUUAUUGACCGAGGCUUUGGUUCUGAAACUUUUACGUUGACAUAACUUGUGAAUUGUUUCACUGGAAGUUCACAAGAUGCAUCCAUUUUUGGUCAACUUCUGGAGGGCCAGAGUGGGUUGUUCAGCAAUGUCUGAGGGCAAAGGGACAUUGUUAUGGCUGGCCAGUCGCCACUGAGCUAAAAGCCCACAUUGCUAAAGUUUAUUAUGGGUUCAUAGGAAGUUGAUGUACCAAUGGUUUCAGAUAUUUUUGUAUUGUAAUGAAAGACUGCCCCUUUUAUCUUCCCUAAAUAAACUAAA